ACCUCCCUUCGAACACGCUCUGCCUGAAGCAGAGGGCAAGAUUGUUCUUCAAAGCUCUGCGAUCACCGGCGACGUCAACUCUGCGGUGGUGGCAUCGCACGGCUACGGGUUACGCUUGGUAAUCGACCUACGCAAUCUGGUGUUUGCUCAGCAUGCCCGCUCCAGCAGCAACAGUUGCAAUCCUCGCCGUAUCCUUGGUCGCAGGCGCAGCAGUCAUCGCGACUCUCAAGGAGCUUGUCUAUGAACCCCACAUAGCACCCGCCAUCGAACGAUGGGCUGAAGAGUUCCUCGCCAAACGGCGCGCGAGGCAACAAAGACAAACCGCCACGGCAGUGCCCAGCACCAAUCCCAUGGACACUACUGCCCUCACGCAGACUUACGACCAGCAAGAUGACGAAGAGGACAGGCAAGCUGCGCUCGAAUUAGAGGAAAUCGUCGCUCGUGAGGUCGAUGAAUGGAGGAACGAGGUUCACAGGAGUCGCACACUCCCGCGCCCCGAUGAAGACGGCGGCGUAGGUACGAGCGGGCUCAGGCUGCGGAAGAAGAGUCGCGGGAACCUACCAGAGUACGGAGGGGAAAGUGGGAUCGGGACGGGGACCUCGCUUGAGGAAGAGACGAUUAUUUCUCUGCCAUAUACGCCCCUUUCACCAACUCACGUCAUCGCGAACGUUUCUUCCAAUGGUGCUGCAACGAGUAUCGCACACUCAUCUGCGGUAUCUGGUUCCGACACUACCACUGGCAUAGAUCCCAGCCCUGAUCCCACCACUUUGACCGAGAACCCCUCGAAUCCAUUUGUAGACACUGAUGCCGACGAAGACGGUAGCACAACAAGCAACCGGACAUCGCUUGCACUUACGGACUACUCCCUCAUGCCGUAUGACUCCAUCUCCAACUGUUUUAGCCCUGCAGGUCCCGUGCCCCCUCUCCGCCCACCUACGCCCCCCUCUGCCCCUGCUGCCCCGCCUGCGCGAACAGUGAGCGGGCAUACGGCCGUACCUCCAUCAGAGGCUAGCACGAUGCGUGCCCCCACGAUCAUGUCACUGCAGCCUAUCUCUCCUCCUAUGUCACUUGACGCUAUAUUCUCUCCUGAUUCGGGGUACGGUUUCAACAUCAAUCACCCGUUCUCGCCCCCCGCAGAAGAGCCCCUGUCGCCACCAAUGUCGCCGCCCGUCCAGUUGACGCGGUCGCAAACUUCGGAAACAAAGACAGAGACAGAGACGCAGUUGCCUUCUCGCCCUCGCCCUCAGCCCCAGGGGCAAGGCCAAUCUCUUGUCUCGGCUUCACGGGAGGUAUCGCGGAUAGCAUCGAGAGCAUCGUCUAAUGCUUCCACGCACGUUAUCCAGCGCAUCCCGCUUUCCCCUCCUCAAGGAUCCAUCCGCUCUCUUUCUGAGCGCUACCAAGCACCUUCUUCGCCCCCUGUCUUUGUUGAUCCCCUCGACGCCCUAUCGGCCCGUUCCUCAAGCCCCGCAAGCUCAUUCGCGAUAGCCUCGCGACCUCCGUCCACGCGGGCUCUGUCCCCGCCUCGAGACAGCCGUAUACAGCGCGUAGCGUCUCAGGACCCUGCUCCGCAGGAAAUUCUCUCACCUCUCAUGGGCUCAAGAGUUGGAACGCUGCGCACGCCGCCUCCUGCGAGCUCAGGCUUGCGCUCCCCUCCGCCCUCUGCAGGCGCUAACGUUAAGCGCUCGACGUCGGGAUCCGGACCAGGCGUCGUUGCCGGUACCGGAUCGGGCCCCGGAAGCAGGCCGGCUGCUGCGCCCACGCCUCGCACACGCUCUGGGUCUGUGAGCUCGAACCAGAGCUCGGGCUCGGUUAUCCAGCGGAUCCCGAUGUCGCCUCCUAAGGUUUCGUCUCCUUCGCUGCCUACGCCGCGUCAGCUCCAGCAGCAGCAGUAUCAGCAGUACCAGAACCAGACGCAGCAGCCUCAGCGCCGGACGUCAGCGUCUGGCAUGUCGCGCUCGAGCUCGCGCCAGAGUCAGAGUUCGAGCUCUGGGUCUGUUGUGCAGCGGCUCCACGGUCCCAGCGGCAAUGCAUCUCGGGUCACGUCUCCUUCUCGGUCUUCAUCUGGCCGCACGUCUUCCCCGUUCAUCGAUCUCUCAGCGAGCACGCAGAGCAUGCAGUCCCUCUCUAGCACCGGUACCAGUUCACGCUCGAGGCGCACACACCACUCGUCUUCUCGGACUAUCUCGGACACCGACUUUCUCUCAGUGGGCUCGGACUCUGAUGAUGGUGUGCUCUCCGUCUCUGAUGGGAUGAGUCCCCCGCGGCGCGGCGCAGACGCUAGCGCAGGGAGAGGCGCUAGUGGUGAUACGGUGCGGCAGGUGCUCUCGCCUGCUUUGUCGCCUGUUCGUUCGCCACCGGCGCAUGGUACGCCGAGAGCGCCGGUUGCGUCGAGGAGCCAUAGGCAUGCUGGGAGCGCGUUUGGGAUGGACGAUUUCAGCGACGGGGAGAGUGCGGAUGAGUGGGUUGAGGCGAGGAGGCGGUGAGCACUAGAUGUCAGGUUGUGACUGCAUACACGCACGAAGGUUCAUGGGUUGUAUCUAUAUUCGCGCAGCCCAAGGGUUAGGAGGGCGCUUUUCCGCUGUACUCAUACAUGGUUUUUGUCGAUUGUUCUUUGCUGUCGUUUUCUCUUGUACAAUAACGUUUCUAUUGCUGUCCUGAAUGCAUACAAGUAAAUCUGCUAGUUAUCCAAAUUAUUCACUGCAUGUAGAGUUAAGGUUGGUU